AUGACGUAUUUCUUAGAUAUUUUAACGGUCAAAACACGGUCACGCUCACCUGAUCAUGUAAACACCAAAAUGCGGUUUUUAAGAAGUUCCAAUCUAUUGACCCUUCUCCCAACGCGUAACUCCUCCACACACUCCGGACGCCGGCGGGUGGUGAUAACAGGAAGUGGCGCCGUAACUCCAUUGGCCAACAACGCAGGGGAUUCAUGGCGGCGCAUCUUGGCCGGGGAAUCAGCCAUUUCCCAACUGGGACCUGAGUUCAAGGGCUUACCGUGUCAGGUGGCUGCCCGGAUAGACAGGGAGAAGCUCCAAUUGGAGAAGCCCCUAAGCAAGGCGGACAUGAAGCUUAUGAGUCCGGCUACCCAACUGGCUGUCUUGGCGGCGGAGGAGGCUCUACAAGCUGGGAGGCUGAACCCCAAGGAUAUGAGCGAGGAGCAACGUGAGCGAUUCGGAGUCUGCGUGGGCAUGGGCAUGUUCGAUCUUACGGAGGUCUACGGCGCCUGGCAGCAACUCCAGCGAGGCUAUAACCGCGUGAGCCCCUUCUUUGUGCCACGGCUGCUGCCCAGCAUGGCCUGUGGUCACAUAAGCAUGCGGCAUGGCCUCAGAGGACCCAACCACUCGGUGUCCACAGCCUGCGCCACUGGUGCCCAUGCCCUGGGCGAUGCCAUGCGCUUUAUUCGCAAUGGAGAUGCGGAUGUGAUGCUGGCUGGAAGCGGUGAAUCCUGCAUAGAUCCUCUUUCCAUUGCCGGCUUCUGCAGAUUGCGUGCCCUUAGUACCGCUUUCAAUGAUAACCCAGCGGUGGCUUCCCGACCCUUUGACAAAUCUCGUGACGGCUUUGUGAUGGGGGAGGGGGCAGCCGUUCUUUUGCUUGAGGAACUGGAACAUGCCCGCUCGCGAGGAGCCCCGAUCCUGGCCGAGUUAUUGGGUUACGGCCUGUCCGGCGAUGCGUUUCACAUAACCUCCCCCAGUGAGAAUGGGGAGGGAGCUACUCUGGCUAUGAAAAGAGCCAUACAGGAUGCCGGGAUUAAGCCGGAGGAGAUUACGUAUGUGAAUGCCCAUGCCACAUCCACGCCGACCGGUGACCGCAUUGAAUCGCACGCCAUUGGACGAGUCUUUGGCGAGCACACCUGUCAGGUGAGGGUUUCUUCCACGAAAGGAGCCCACGGCCAUCUGCUCGGCUCCUCGGGCAAUCUAGAGGCCCUAUUCGUGGUGCACGCUUGUGCAGACAGCAAGCUGCCACCUUCCAUCAACAUAGAGGAGCUGGAUGUGGACGUGAAAGUGGACGUGGUCAGGGCAGCAGACGAAUGGACGCCGAACCAGGGACGUCGUGUUGCUCUCAAGAACUCUUUUGGAUUCGGAGGAACCAAUGCCUCGCUGUGCAUUGCCAGCUUUUCCGAAUAGGUUUCCACAAAUUGUUAACUAGUUUUAACCAAACGCCAUAGAAAAUAAAAUGUUCAAAAGCUGA